AUGUGGAUCUUACCCAUUGUCGGAUAUCUGGGCGUGGCGGUUGGGUUUGGCUUCCUGACUACUGCCAUUGCCUCUGGAUUAUACUAUCUUUCCGAGCUCGUCGAGGAACACACGGUGAUGGCAAAGCGCUUUUUGACUCGAAUGAUAUACGCGAUUAUUGGGAUCCAAGCCCUUUUAUGUCUGGUCGAUGGAUUCAGUUUCAAACUCAGCGUCAUGAGUAUCCUCUCUCAUCUAGUCUAUUUGGGGAAUAUGAGGCGAUUCCCAGUAGUCCACUUGAGCAAUCCGCUGUUCCUCAUUUCAUGCGCUCUGGUAAUAGUAAACCACUAUCUUUGGUUCCGCCAUUUCGCAGCAGGUCCUAUACAAACCCCAAAUUCUAUCUAUGAUACGUCUGGAUAUCCGGAUUUCACGCAGAUUGCUUCGUAUUUCGGACUGUGUGUAUGGUUGACGCCUUUCGCACUCUUUGUCUCUUUGUCUGCGAGUGAUAAUGUGUUGCCCACCAUGGGGAGUGAGGAACCGAAUAUGCCAGGAGCUGGAAAAGGAAAGGGGAAGAGAGAGGGGAUUGCCAAGGUUAUCAUCGAUUCGGUUAGGAAUGGGAUUGCGGAAUUAGGGAGGAUUGUUGGGUUUUGGAAGGAGGAUACGGGGUUUUGA